ACACCCCGGACGGCACCAAGAGCCGAGAAUUUUCGCAAUUUUCGCCUGACAAUUAAUAUAUCUCACCUAUCCGAGCCCUUGAGCGCAGAGUUGGACUUGAUCUUGAACGGCUUCUGGAACAUCUUGCUGGGCCGCCGGUGAUUGAACAACGAUGGUCCAGUCAAAGAGCCCCAAGUGGCAGCUGCGGUGGCGUUGCGGCCGCUGGUGGUGGAAGGUGUUCAAGCUGCUGCUGAAAAUCCCGCUGGUCAUCGGACUGUUGCUCAGCGUGGUGGUCCUCUACCGCGCCCUCACCGCCUCCACGCCGGCCUCGACCCUGGACAUCCUGAACAAUGCCCAGACCGCCGGCGUGGACGACAACCUCAAGAUGGAGCGGGCGCACAGGUUGGCCGGCGCCCUCCGAAUCUCCACCGUCUCCUACGAGCCUGGCAAACAGGAGACUGGCGAGCUGCUGAAACUUCACAGGUAUCUUGAAAAGGAAUUUCCGGCUGUGCACAAUUGUUCCUUUGUGAAACGAGAAAUCAUCAACGUCUAUAGUCUGCUUUACACUGUUACCGGCACAAGCCCUGACAAACUGCCUUAUAUGCUGGCGUCGCACCUGGACGUGGUGCCCGCCGACCCUGAGCACUGGGAGGUCGACCCUUUCAGCGGCAAGAUUGUCAACAACACCUACAUCUACGGCAGAGGCACCAUUGACGAUAAAGGAGGCGUUUUGGGCAUCCUCGAAGCUUUGGAGUAUUUGAUCAAGAAGGGAGAGCGUCCGCAGAGAAGCUUUUUCAUCGCCUUCGGACACGACGAGGAGGUCAGCGGGAAGCAAGGUGCGCAGGAAAUCGCUCGAGUUUUGCUGAAGAGGGGCGUGGACCGUCUGGACUUUGUUCUUGACGAGGGCUACACUGUCACAAGAUACAUUUUCCCAGGCACCAGAAAACACGUGGCGCUCGUCGGCGUGUCUGAGAAGGGCUAUCUCACCUUGGAGCUCUCCGUAAACGGCAGUCCAGGCCACUCCAGUUUCCCCCCUUGGGAGUCUGCAAUCGGGAUUUUGUCCGAGGCCAUCACCAAGUUGGAGAAGAACAAACUGCCGUCGAUGUUUGGAACUGGACCUGAGCGCUCAACUUUCGAAUACCUGGCUCCUCACGUUGGAUUCCUGCACCGACUCCUUUACUCAAACAUGUGGUUGUUCUCUGGAUUCAUGGCUCGAAUCAUGGAAAAAGAAGCGUUGAGCAACGCAUAUGUCAGGACUACUAGUGCCAUAACUGUGUUUCACGGAGGAAUCAAAGAAAAUGUCGUACCGGCUCACGCGAAGGCCACAAUCAACCACCGCGUUCAUCCCUCGCAAACCAUUUCAGAUGUGAUUGAAUUUGACAAGCGCACCAUCGACGAUCCCAGGGUUGAAAUCAAGGUGAAAGCGUCAAAGGAGGCGCACACUGUGUCUCCGUACGGUCCGGAUGAUGUCCAGUUCAAUUUGAUUGCUCGAAGCAUCUACCAGACUUUUGACGACGUCGUUGUCAUACCAGGUGUAUUGAUCGCCAACACGGACACCAGGUGGUACCUGGGACUGUCGAGUCACCUGUACCGCUUUUUCCCAACCGUCAUCUAUCCGGAAGAUACCAACAGGUACCAUGGCAUCGACGAGCGAAUAUCGAUUGACAACUACCAGCAAGCCGUCAGUUUUUACUACAGGGUGAUGAAAAACGCCGACCUCAUCAUAGGCCACGUUGCCUCGACCACUGCCCACCAACAGAGGGAACUUUGAAGGCUCCGUUGCAGCGCUUUGUUGUUGUUACUCACAUAAAAUUUCAACCAAAAUGCUGGUUGGGUAUUUGAACCAGAGGUAGUUCUACUCCCUCUUUUGUUGUUGCUGUUGUCGUUCUCUGAAAUUUCGAUAUUGUCAGGGUCACUAUUCCUCGCAGUGAUAAAUUUUAAAAGUGAUUUCGGAAAAAAACAAAUAACCGUGUUUGUUGCACAUCCUUUAUUGAGCCGAGACAGUAUAAUUGCUGUUGUGGCACAGAUAUUCCACAAUUCGUGAUGAGUUGUGUAGUUUUAAAUAUGCUUCGAUAAGUGUACGAAUUUAAUUCAUUUUAUUGAAAAUGUUUGAAGGGUUUAAACUAAAAUUGUGCUGUCUGUUGUUAUUGAUAACUGUUUUAGGCUGGACACUGAUUGUAUGGAAACAAUAAUUUUGUUUGUUUUAAGUGAAAUAAUACAAGUAUUUUUCACUAAUAUUCAA